GAGGGGGCGGGGCCAUCAGGGGGCGUGGCGCGGGGCCGGGGCGCGGGCGCGCUGCGGGGCCGGUGCGGGCCGGGCUGGGCUGAACCGGGCCGGGCUGUGCCGAGCCGGGCCGGGCCAUGGCGAGCUCGGAGCGCAGCGCGCUGCUCACCUACCGCCUGUGCGGCGGCUCGGCCGAGGAGGAGCGGGGCCGGGAACGCGGCCGGGCCGCCACCGCCGCCACCACCGCCGUCUCCUCCUCCUCUUCCUCGUCCUUCUCUUCCUCCGCCGCCGCCCCCCGCAAGCUGCCCACCUUCCUGGGCGUCGUGGUGCCCACGCUGCUCUCCAUGUUCAGCGUCGUCCUCUUCCUGCGCCUCGGGUUCGUGGUGGGCCACGCCGGCUUGUACCAAGCUCUGGCCAUGUUCGCCGUGGCGUACUUCAUCAUCGGCAUGACGGUGCUGUCCGUCUGUGCCAUCGCCACCAACGGGGCGCUGGAUGCUGGGGGAGCCUACUAUAUGAUCAGCCGUGCCCUGGGCCCGGAGUUCGGGGGCAGCAUCGGGAUCAUGUUUUUCCUGGCCAAUGUGUGUGGCAGUGCCCUUUACAUACUGGGGCUGGUGGAGGCGGUGGUGGACAGCUUCGGGAUCCCACCUGGUGAGUACCCUGGCAAAAAUCGGGUACAGGGCGUCCACGUCCUGCCCCAGAGCUACUGGUACGAGCUGCUCUACGGCACCAUCCUGCUGGCCCUCUGCCUCGUCGUGUGCCUCGUGGGGGCCUCCAUCUACGCCAAGGCCACCUUCCUCAUCUUCCUCAUCGUCACGGCCGUGCUGGGCACCAUCCUCGUCAGCUUCUUCGCCACGCGGCCCCUCGGGGUGCCCAUCCGCAUGCCGCACCACAACAGCUCCGAGACCGAGAGUGGCAACUUCACGGGCUUCUCCCUCGCCACCCUACGGGAAAACCUGGGAGGCGGGUACGGGGUGGACUACACCACAGGGCAGAUGAUGAGCUUCAGCUCCGUCUUCGCCGUGAUGUUCAACGGCUGCACCGGCAUCAUGGCAGGCUCCAACAUGUCAGGGGACCUGAAGCGCCCGAGCUACUCCAUCCCUCGGGGCACCAUCUCCGCCGUGCUCUUCACCUACCUCGUCUACAACCUUCUGGCCUUCCUCAUGUGUGCCACCUGCAGCAGGACCCUCCUGCAGAAGGAUUAUGGCUUUCUGCGUGACAUCAGCAUCUUCCCACCCCUGGUCACGGUGGGCAUCUACGCUGCCACCCUCUCCGCAGCCAUGAGCAACCUCAUCGGGGCGUCCCGCAUCCUCUACGCCUUGGCCCGGGACGAUCUCUUUGGCCGGGCGCUGGCGCUUGCCAAGAAGACAUCUGCGAGCGGGAACCCCAUCAUGGCAGUGAUCCUCUCCUGGCUGGUGGUGCAGCUGGUGCUCUUCUCCGGGAAGCUCAACACCAUCGCGGGGGUCGUCACCACUUUCUUCCUGCUGGUUUAUGCCACUGUCAACCUGGCCUGCCUGGCGCUGGAGUGGGCAUCGGCCCCCAACUUCAGGCCCACCUUCCGCUACUUCAGCUGGCACACGUGCCUGCUGGGCAUCGCCGGCUGCUGCGUCAUGAUGUUCCUCAUCAGCCCCGUCUCGGCCUCGGCGAGCCUGGGCUUCCUCCUCCUCCUCCUCCUCGCCCUCCACUACCUCUCGCCCAGCAGCACGUGGGGCUACAUCAGCCAGGCCCUCAUCUUCCACCAGGUGAGGAAGUACCUGCUGAUGCUGGACGUGCGGAAGGACCACGUCAAGUUCUGGCGCCCACAGAUGCUGCUGAUGGUGCAGAACCCACGCAGCAGCCCCCGCCUCAUCGACUUCGUCAACGACCUCAAGAAGAGCGGCCUCUACGUCCUGGGCCACGUGGAGCUGCAGGAUUUGGACGCUCUGCCCUCGGACCCGCUGCAGCCCCAGCAGGACUCGUGGCUGGGCUUGGUGGACAAGCUGAACGUCAAGGCCUUCGUCAGCCUCACCCUCGCGCCCUCGGUGCGGCACGGCGUCCGGCAGCUCCUCUUCACCUCCGGCCUCGGCGGCAUGCGCCCCAACACCCUGGUGCUGGGCUUCUACGACGACGCAGCCCCUCAGGACGGCCUGGCCCGGCACCCUGCCUUCACCAGCGCCCGCGAGGAGCUUCCUUUGGGCUUCCCCCCUCUUCGGGCACCCGCCGCCCCCAAACUGCUGUCGCCACGGGAGUACGUGGGCAUCGUGGCCGACGCCUUGAAGAUGCUGCGCAACGUCCUGCUGGCCCGGCAGCUGGAGAGCCUGGACAAGGCCUGGGAGCUGCGGCGAGCCGCCAGCCCCCCGCCCACCAUCCACGUCUGGCCUGUCAACUUGCUGCGGCCCGACAGCGCUCGCUACGCCGACACCUGCAGCCUCUUCCUGCUGCAGAUGGCCUGCGUGCUCAACAUGGCCCGGGCCUGGCGUCGGGCCCGCCUCCGCCUCUUCCUCUGUGUGGAGGCCGGAGCCAUGCCCGGCGCCCAGGAGGACAAGCUCCGCCAGCUCCUCAAGGACCUGCGCAUCCAGGCCCAGAUCCAGCUGGUGCCUUGGGACGCCGUCGUCGGCCUGCACUGGCAGGCUCAACGUCAACGUGGGACCCCGGGGACGCCGGCUGAGGAUGAGGAUGAGGAGGAAGGGGCAGCUGUGAACUUCCCGGCCAACGCCAGCCGGGUGUCGGAUGAGUACGUCCGUGCCGCCAACAAGCUGGUGCUGGAGCAGGGCCCGGCGCCCGCCGUCCGUUUCCUCUACCUGCCGCGGCCGCCGGCCGACACCAGCCUGUACCCGCUCUACCUGAGGCAGCUGGAGCUGCUCACCCGCGGCCUGGGCCCCACGGUCCUGGUGCACGGGGUGAGCGCCGUCACCAGCACCCAGCUUUAGGGUGGCCCCCCCCCCUCUCCCCGUGUCCCCUCACCCUCCUGCGGCCAGUGCCUUACAGCCCCACGGCCAGAGUUGGGGACCUGUCCCCAAACUGCUGGGCGGUGAUUCCGGCCCUAUGGGGCUGGGAGGAGAGAGAGGGUGGAGGGUUUUGGGGUGCUUUUGGGGAGGCGCAGGGUUAAAGCUGCCCUGGCAGGAUCCGGGCGCUCGGUGCGUUCACUGUGCCUUUCAUAUGGGGAGGUGGUGGGGUACUGGGGCUGUCCCAGUUUGUUACUGGGAGGCCCUCGCCCGCAGCCACCCCCCCCCCCCCCAGUGCUCUCCUCUUGCACCGCCACCCCCCAGCCUCUCCUCCGCAGGCUCCUCCGGGCACCCGGCCAGCAGCGGGGAUUGAUUAAAGGCAGCCUCGACCUUGGUGCCCCAGCUCCCCGCCAUCCUCUGUGCCUUUCAUUAGGGAAAAUUAAAUGGGAAGGGGCUGGGGGAGGGGAGCCUUAGGUGCCUGGGCUCCCUGCCUCGAGCUGGAGAAAGGGGGGGGCAAUCCCUUAUAGCUAUAGGGCAGUCCCUAAUGGCUAUAUGGCAGCCCCUUAUGGCUAUAUGGCACCCCCAGCUCCUGCAUGGGGGGGGGUCCAAGCCCCCCAUCCUGCCAGGGAAAUGGGGAGGUGAUACCAGGAGGGGUUGGUCCCAUGGGGCAUCACCUUCCCAUCGUGGCCCUGUGCCCCCAUUCAGCCACUGGGGGGGCUGAUAUGGCCCUGACCCCCUUCUCAUCCCCUUCCCCAGCUCCUUAUGAUGCCCCCCCCUCCCCUUGCCCCGCUGUAUUGAUUAGGGGAGGGCAGGAAAUUGCCUGGGUGACUGGCAAUAAAUCUAUUAGGUGCCUGGCAGGCGGGCAGUGCGCCCGGGAGCUGCCUGAUGGAUAACUUCCUAUUAGCCCUGAUGCAGGGGGGGCUGCUUGGGGCCAGGCUGGGGCUGGGCGGGGGGACACACAGCAUGGUACAGCUCCCUGUGCCCCCCCCUUGUCACCACGGUGCUAGCAGGCAGCUCUGCUUGGCCAGAGGCAUGGAAAAGCCCUAGGGAGCUGGGUGCUGCUGGGGGGGCUCCGUUAUUCCCCACCUCUUGCAGGGGUUUGUGCCCAAAUUUGAACCCAAAUCUCCCUCCCCCAGAAGAGGAUUCGGGGCUGGAGCUGCUGCUGGCAGCAGGAAAUUGGGCACCCCAGGGUGGGCACGGCGCAGCCCCCGGCCCCGGCUGCCCGCUGGGUUUAUUUACAAACAGGCGGGAGCUGGCACAGGGCAGCCGGGCACCACCGGGACCCGGCGGCCUAUAAUGUUAAUUAUCACCACGUAAUUAAAAGCCCAUAAAAAAGCCUCACACUUCAUUAAAUUAAAGCUUCCCUGCACCGUGCCGCUGGGCUCUGGCGGAGUUAACCUUGGCCGUGCCAGGCCCUGGCACCGCCACCGCUGGGGCAGCGGAGAGGUGGGCACCCCCAGCUGGGGGUGUAUGACCCCGUGCGGUGUUUUUUGGGGGUGAAGCCUUACUCACACACCCCAAUAUCACUUUUUAUCACACGCAGGCUUGUGCACACGCGCACUGAGGGAGCAUACACGUGGUGUUGCACACGCAGCGUGGCACCAACGCGUGUGUACGCUCCGCACCUGCAGGCACAGCGCCACACGCAGUGGGACGUGGGUAGGGGGGGGCUGGCACGGGCACACACGUGCACACGGAGGUGUGCACGCACGCACGCAGCCGCUGCACAGCCCGCAUCGCACACCAGCUCCGGCACACAGCGCCCACUCAGCGCACACCUACACAAACAGCAUUUCUUUCCCUCUUCACGCACGCACACGCUCUGCACCCGCUCCUGCUGCCCGUGCCCAUUCUCCUGGUGCCAAAAACCUGCCCAGGGGUGCCCCCUGCACCCAGUCCUGGUGCCCCUCGCACUCCCUGCCUGUGGCAGCCCCCAGCAGGGUGGCACCAGCAGCCUUUGGCUUCCCUCUGGGUGCUCCCCAGGUUUGUGCCCGCUUUGUGCCACGGUCACCUUGGCACAACCAAGUCCCCCGUGCUUGUGUCAACACCGAGACCACAGUGACUGGCACCAGGUGCCAAGUGAGCCAUGGGGGUGCUGGGGAGGGCAGUGCGUGCACUGGGAGUGUGUGUGCGUGCACAAGUGUGGUGCUGUGCUGGGGAGGGGUAUAUGUGUGCAGGGGGAUGUGUUCACGUGCACGGUGUGCACGGUGCAUUGACGUGCACACCAGAGGUGUGAGAGCACACACCUGGGCGCACACACACACACACACACGAGGUGUGCAGGCUUGCACACACGUGUGCCCGGCACUGCCACUGAUUGGGGCUGCAGGGGGGCAAGGGGGCUGGUGGGUGCCCGCGCCCCAGCCCGCGGGGGUGGGCAGACAACGGGGCCUCGGCUAUUUCUUGGAAAUUUCGCAGCAUUCAUUUCAGAGCAAAUAAAAGCUGUCAUUGCUGGAGAAA